AUUCUUCCUUUUUCACCUUGUAGAAUUUUCCCUCCUCUUUCUUCAAAAAUGUGGUUAGACCCAACUGCUUUCAAAACCAUAGUUCCUUCCCGUUACAUCACCUUCACAAUCCCAAACCCUUUACUUCAUCUCCAUUACUUCAAUUCUCCUCAGCUCCGCAUUGCAAUUCUUGAUUCGCCUCACCCUUCAGAUCAACCCACUCAAAUCGCUGCAAUGUUAGUUCCUAUCAACCGCGAAUCCGACUGGAAUUUUAGUACCCAACAAGGCCAUUUACAACUCCUCCUAAAUUUCCCUCACCUAUCUCGCCUCAUUUUAAUCGGAAAUACCCCGAAUUCGGAACACCCCACGUCUUAUAAUUCCAAUGGGGUUGUGGAUUCGUCUGUUGUUGAAGAGAAUUUGAUGCCUUUCUUGAUUGAGGCAUUUUGUCGAACAGUUGGUGGUGCGUUAACUGAAAUUCCGUUCUUGGUUUACGAAGAUGAGGUGGUUCGGAGUGUGGUAUUGGAUAGAUGUGUUGGACCUUUUGUUGGAGAAAUCUUGAUUGAAGAUGUAGAGUUGGAAAUGGAAAAUGGAGGUAAAGAGUUUAGGAGGAGAUUGAGGUUUAAGAGAAUGCCUAAUUUGGUACAAACACAGAUAAAGAUGCGACCCAAGAAAGUCGAUUUUCUUGAAUUUGAGAUAGUUGAUGAUGGGGUUUUAGUUCAUCCUUAUUUGAAUCCAAUGGUGGCGGGUCUUUCAGUUAUCGGUCCAUAUUUAGACGCGCAAAUUGGGAAUGGAGUAAAGCCGAAAGCUUUGUGUUUGGGUGUUGGAGGAGGAGCACUUGUUGGUUUUUUAAGCUCCCAACUUGGUUUCCAAAUCUUGGGUAUUGAAGCUGAUAAUGUUGUUUUACAAGUUGCAAGGAAAUAUUUCGGGUUGGAAAAUAGUAAGUCCAUACAUCUACGCGUUGGAGAUGCACUUGAAAUGAUUCAAAAUAGCGAGCAUUUGGAUGAUUUUGAUGGUAAAUUUGAUGUGAUCAUGGUUGAUUUAGAUUCGAGCGAUGCUAGUAUAGGUAUGAGUGCUCCUCCUAUACAGUUUGUGGAGAAAUCAGUGUUGUUGGCAACAAGAAAAUUGCUUGAGAAAAAUGGUGUUGUGAUCAUAAAUGUGAUUCCAUCAGAUCAGUCAUCUUACAAGUUAGUAAUUACUGAAUUUCAACAAGUUUUCGCAGAGUUGUAUGAGAUAGAUGUUGGGAAUGGAGAGAACUUUGUUCUUAUUGCCUCUGCUUCAGAAAUUGAACAUGUGGAAUGUCAUCAUCAAAGUAAAUUUCUAAACAAGUUGAAACAAGUAUCAGGAUCUUAUGUGGACUCUAUUCAGAAAUUGGACUCUUAGAGAUAAUUCAGUGAAAUUGUGCAGCAUAUGGAAUAAUUUUUUUGCUUUAAGUUUCUAUAGAAAGGAUGAGACAGGACAAAGAUGAAGCUAAUAUUUUUUUUUCGGUUGAUAGAGAGAGCGAAUUGUAUAUAGUUCAUUUGUUGGUAGCGCGGAGGAUUAUAAACACGAUUCUUACUUUCCAAUUGGUUGUUUUUGUAUUAAUUGUUACUUCAUUAAUCUUUGAAUUUUGCAGCUAGCA